AUGGGAAAUUCACCUCAUUACUACAGAUGAUUGUAAUGCAGAAAGGUACAUUAUGCAGGUUACAGAAAACUGUUGGGAAAUCAACAAAUCAGCUCUGUCACAUCCUUCAUUAUGAUCCUAAGCCCAGAGAUAUCUCAAAGAGUGACUGUGGUCAGUGACUUAGGAACAACCCACAAAAUUUAAUACUACUACUUAAUAUUCGAUGGCAACAAUGAGCCCCAAAACAAAACGAUAAAUGUGUUAAUCGAUAGAAACGGAAAGGUAGUUUGGUUGGAAACCCCUAGCCAUGGAGAACAAGAAUCGCCUAGUGGUCUACGACUGUGACAUAGGCACCGACGACGCCUGGGGCCUGGCCAUGAUGCUGCGGGCGGAGGGGGUGGUUCUGCCGGGCGGCAGGAGCUCCAAAGUGGUGGCCAUCACCACGGUGCAGGGCAACACGGACGUGGACAAUGGGACACUGAAUGCCCUGCGGGUGCUGCACACGCUGGACAGGAGGGAUGUUCCCGUCUUCAAGGGCUGCGCCGAAUCCAUUGUGCCACGCACUUGGUCGUACACCUCCAAAUUCCAUGGCCAGGAUGGCUUCAACGAUGUGGGCGGCUAUCCGAAGGUCAGUGAGGAGCAGGAACUGCAGCCGGAGCAUGCCGUGAAUGCCAUGUACCGCCUGGCCUGCGAGAAUCCUGGCCAAGUGGACUUCCUGCUCUGUGGGCCACUCACCAACUUUGCCAACUGCAUCAAUCUCUAUGGUCGCUCGUUUCUGGACAAGAUUGGCGGCGUCUACAUUAUGGGUGGCAACAUUUUCGGCAAGGGCAAUGUGUCCAAGAGUGCCGAAUUCAAUUUCCUGAUGGAUCCGGAGGCGGCGCACACAACCCUGGAGCGAUUGACGCGGCCAGCACUAAUCCUGCCCUGGGAGCCCUGCAUCGAUGGAGAGCUCGGAGUGACCCUCGACUGGCGCCUCAAUGUCCUGGGCGCCAUCGAUCAUCCCUUCGUCGAGCUGCUGACCCGGGCGGAACGCUCGAUGCUGGUGCCGCGAGGAUUCGUCAAUUGGAUCAGCUGCGAUUCCCUGCUCACGGCCAUCUACCUCUUCCCAGACGCCAUGAUCGCCGACCAGCGGGAGUACUAUGCCACCGUGGAGCUGAGUGGCGUCCAUACCCGUGGCCAGAUGGUGCUGGAUCACCUGCGGGGCCGCAAGGUGGACGCCAUCCACGGGAAGGCGAGCAAUGUGCGUGUCGUGAGAAGCCUCAAGGGAGAGCACUUCCGCACCAUCAUCGGCUGGACGGGAUUCCUGCCCAGCGCCGAUAUAAAACCACUAUGCGUUUAGCACCUAAUAAAACCGGAAGCAACAAAAAAACAA